CAUGAAUCACACACACACACAAACACAAAAAUUACAUUAGGACAAAGAAAACGAGAAAAAAAGUUGUAACUGCAAACAAAGAAAAAAGUCCAAAAAACACUACCUUUCUACAUAAUAAUGGCACUAGCCAUUUUCACCUUCUCAGCCACCACCAAAACCACCGUAUUAGUGGCGGCUCUCCUCCUCCUCGUCCUUGGCGUCUCCACCGCAUUCGAGAAGCUACCAAAAUCGGACAUCGAUCUUUUGGAGUUCCCGUUGAAUUUGGAGUAUUUGGAGGCAGAGUUCUUUUCAUGGGGCGCUUUUGGCCGCGGAUUGGAUGCUUUGGCCCCGAAUCUAACGAAAGGCGGCCCACCGCCGAUUGGGCCCAUGAGAGCCAAACUCAGCCCAUUUACUAGAGACGUCAUCGCGCAGUUUGCGUUGCAAGAAUUCGGGCAUCUCAGGGCAAUUCAGAGUACGGUUCCGGGAUUUCCGAGACCUCUUCUAAAUUUAAGUAAAGAAGUAUUCGCGACAAUCAUGAAUGACGCGUUCGGAAAGCCUCUCGUGCCUCCGUUUGAUCCCUAUGCCGAUGACAUCAAAUAUCUUAUUGCAACCUAUGUCAUCCCUUACGUUGGACUCACCGGUUAUGUCGGAGCAAAUCCCAAACUCCAAAGCCCGGUUUCCAAAAAGCUUGUGGCGGGACUUUUGGGUGUGGAAUCGGGUCAAGAUGCCGUGACUAGGACAUUACUCUACGAGCACGCGCUCACAAAGGUAUUUCCUUACGAUAUCACUGUGGCGGAAUUUACUGACAGGAUUUCAAACCUUAGAAACAAGCUCGGGAAGAAGUGUUUGAAAGAUGAAGGCCUAAUAGUUGAACCAAAAUUAGGGGCAGAGGGCAGAAUCUCAGGGAACGUGCUUGCGGGGGAUCAUUACUCACUGUCAUAUGCACGAACGCCUGAAGAAAUUCUAGGGAUAGUGUAUGGGACCGGACGUGAGGACAAGCCCGGGGGAUUCUAUCCAAAAGGAGCCUGUGGUAAAAUAGCCAGGUCAUAUUUACAACAUUGAGGGGAAAUACUUGGAGAAGAAAACCUAAGAGAGUGAAUUUUAUGAAUGGGUUUUUACUAUUAUGUAAUGUGUGUUUUGUGUUCUCUGUAUUGCUUGAGCUUGGAGUGUAUCAAUUGUUAUGAAUGACAAUAAGAUUGAAGUGCCUUCAAUCCAUUCAAGACUUGAGUUCAUUUACAGACUCGUAUAGUGUUUCACAUAUAGUGUUUCAC